UCUUCAUGUGGUGGAGAAAUGCACGUCGUGUACAUCUGAUAGCAUAUCUCUAUGAUUCUAUCUGGUAAUAGAUGCUCAACGCUCAUGAUAUAAAUGUGAUGGAGAUUGUGUUGUAGAUAAGUAUGCGAGGUUGGGCGUGUAACAUGUGUUUGUCCCUUUUCACCUGUUUCUGCAAUGCAUUCCACCUCUUUGAUCGACUGUAAAAAGCUCCGUCAUGUCAAGGCUGCGACAGAACAUCGAAAAUCAACUAUUUAGGGAAGUAUGAAUGCUAUCUAACCGAUCUGUUUGACAGUGGAUUUUUUUCUUUUUGUGCAAGUACUUUUUGCAGGUAAACAGCUUGCUACCCACCACGUCCAUUCAUUGAUAUAGAGCACUGCAGGAAAGAAUUUGUUUUUGUUCAUUCUACAACUAAUCAAACAUGGACCAAAAACAUGAAAUGGCAGUAAGCAAGAUGCGGGAACUAGUGGAGACCCAAGGAAUUCCAACUCAGAAGUGUUUGGAUCAAACCUUUUUAAGAUUUCUGAAAGCAAAAUCAAUGAACCCAGAAAAGGCUGCAAAGAUGUUUGUUGAACGGGAAAAAUGGAGGGAAGAAUUUGUUCCAUUAGGUUUCAUACCUGAGAGCGAAAUAGCAGAUCAAUUGGGUGAUAAAAAGAUUUACUUACAAGGCCUGACUAAAAUCGGACAACAUCCAUUUCUGAUCUGUAUAAGUAGCAGACACUUCACUUCAGCAUCCAAGGAUCCACUUCAAUUUAAGAAGUUCAUAGUCUAUCUAUUUGACAAAGCAAUAGCCAGUUCUUUCAAUGAGGGAAAAGAAAUAGGGAAUGAAAAGAUAAUGGCAGCCGUGGAUUUAAAAAGUUUCCCUUAUAAGAGUAUUGACGCCCGUGGUUUCACUAUUACCUUCAACCUUCUGAAGGCUUACUAUCCCGGGAGACUAGGAAAAAUGUAUAUGUUAAAUGCCCCAGGGUUCUUUGUUAGUUUCUGGAGGAUGUUUUCUGUCUUUCUAGAUAAAGAUAUCCAAGAAAGAAUCAUAUUUGUGAGCAGUGAGAAAGAGAAAGAGAGUUUUAUUAAGGAAAUUGGUGGGGAGAUACUACCAGAAGAAAAUGGUGGCCAAUCAAAGCUCAUCGCUGUUCAAGAUGUCAUUAUUCAUUCCCAGAUCAACGAUCCCAUGAGUUAAAUAUUAAUGUAUCUUGAAAGUCUAUACGUGCUUCAAUGUUCAAUAUUACUAUCAGAUAACCUAAUUGUGCGGUUGUCAAUCAAGGGAAUCCUUGGAAUGCAUGCAUAUGUAAGACUACAAAUAUUCUUAUUUCCUCAUCAAAA